CCCCCGUAAAGAGAGAGCGCCGAUAUAUAGCAUCCACAAGAGUGAAACAAAAAAAAUCUGAUCGGCCAUUCAGCUAGCCACCCGUUCGUUACCUUCCGAGCCUUCCAGUCCGCAUUCCCCGCAUUCCCCUCUCUCAGUAGAAGUCUUUCCCAGCACGACAGUCCCGGAAGAAGAGACGACACAUUGCAUUCCCGGCAUGGCCUUGGCUUCCACCUCCGCCCCCUACCGCAGCAGGCAGCCCCAUUUCCUCAAACAGGUGGUGUGCAGGAGGAAAGAGAAGGACAGAGACAGAGACCAGCAUUUCCCGUUUAAGGUCGUCGAGAUCACGCCCCCGCCCAAGAGCCUCGGCGUCCGCUGCUUCCCCACUGUGCGCAUCCUCCUCCCGCCCCCCUUUCGUCGUCCAAGUGAACAAGUUACUGAAAUUCUUUCACUUCAUUUUCUAUAUUUGAAGCAGAACAUACACUGUGGAGAGAGUGUCACCAUUGAAGGCCGGGCUUACACAGUUUCUGCUGUUACUCAUCGGUACCAGCUACGAAAGGGAAAGUACGAACCAAGCGAGAAGAGGCUCGACGUACAGUCGACUGGAAGAUACAUUUUGAAUUUGUACUUGGAAAAUCUUCUCGACAAAUCAUAAUCUCAAGAUUUGAUGUAACAUCUUUUACUUGCAAGAAACUGAGUAUUUGUGUUGUUGGAUCUCCGCUUUCAGUGGUUGUGAGUCAUCCAGGCACCAAAACUGAGUGCAGACUUUUCCUCAAAAGAAAACGUAAGAAUGAAUGGGCAUCGUAAAAUAGACAAUUAAUUCUCUUC